UAUAUUUAUAUAAAAGGAAAAAGUGGAAACUGAAAAGUAUCCCUUUAAAUAAAGGUUCCCCAACACGGCAUAUCUCACACCAACUUCCAAAUUCCACCUCUCGUCUCUCCACAUUCGAAAUAUUUCUCAAAAUAUAUUUCGCCAUGGGUGUAAAACUCUCACCGGCCUCCCCCGCCGGCAAAUGGCUCGGCCUUGUCACCGCCGUCUGGGUGCAAGCGAUUUCCGGCAACAAUUACACCUUCUCUAAUUACUCCGACGCCCUCAAAACACUGAUGGGCCUCACUCAACUCGAGCUCAACAGCCUCUCCGUCGCCAAAGACGUCGGCAAAGCAUUCGGUAUCUUCGCCGGACUCGCCUCCGACCGCCUUCCUACCCCCGUCAUCCUCCUCAUUGGCUCCGUCGAAGGCUUCGUCGGCUACGGCGUCCAAUGGCUCGUCGUUAGCGGCCGAAUCCAACCCCUCCCUUACUGGGCCAUGUGUAUUUUUCUGUGUAUGGGUGGAAACAGCACAACUUGGAUGAACACGGCGAUUUUGGUGACAUGCAUUCGGAAUUUCCGGAAGAAUCGGGGACCUGUUUCGGGGAUCUUAAAAGGCUACGUCGGUUUGAGCACCGCCAUCUUCACCGACGUCUGCUCCGCGUUGUUUGGCGACGAUCCGGCAAAAUUCCUGAUGAUGCUCACCGUCGUUCCGUUCAUCGUCUGCCUGGCCUCCAUGUUCUUCCUCCGCGAGAUCCCGCCUUCCCAAACCGCUGGCGAGGAAAGGGAGGAGACGAAAUUCUUCGGCAUAAUCAACGUCAUCGCCGUGAUCAUCGCCCUCUACUUGCUAGCAUUCGACGUGACCGGCACUCAUGGCCGCCUAUUCUCGCAAUUCUUCGCCGCAAUUCUCCUAGUUCUACUGGCCUCGCCUCUGUUGAUCCCGAUUUACCUCAGUAUGAAAAAUUUCAUCCGUUCGGGCAGCGAAGGCGUGGACGUGGAGCAAAGUGUGAGGGAGCCGCUCCUUGUGGCGCCCGAGGUGGAGAAGAAGUUGGAAACGGUUUCGGCGGCGGAGAAGAGGCGGCCGGUGUUGGGAGAAGAGCACACGAUUGUUGAGGCGCUGCAAACCGUGGAUUUCUGGAUCUUGUUCGGGUCGUUUUUGUGUGGAGUUGGAACGGGUAUGGCUGUGAUGAAUAAUCUGGGGCAGAUGGGUCUGGCUCUCGGGUAUGCGGAUGUAUCCAUGUUCGUUUCGCUCACUAGCAUUUGGGGAUUUUUCGGUCGGAUCUUUUCCGGGUCGGUUUCCGAGUACUUCGUCAAGAGGGCUGGAACACCUAGGCCAAUUUGGAAUGCAGCUUCACAGAUUCUAAUGGCAGUGGGAUAUGUUGUGAUGGCCAUGGCUAUGCCAGGAUCACUCUACGUGGGCUCCAUCGUGGUCGGGUUUUGCUACGGCGUGCGCCUUGCCGUCACAGUUCCCACCGCUUCGGAGCUCUUCGGCCUCAAAUACUAUGGUCUCAUUUACAAUAUUCUCAUUCUCAACCUCCCGCUGGGCUCCUUCCUCUUCUCCGGCCUGCUGGCGGGCUUCCUCUACGACGCUCAGGCGACCAGCACGGCCGGAGGCGGCAACACAUGUAUAGGCGCCCAUUGUUACAGGCUGGUGUUUCUGGUUAUGGCGGUUGUGUGCGUGAUUGGCUUCGCCCUUGAUGUUCUGCUCUGUAUGAGAACCAAAACCAUAUAUGCUAAGAUUUAUGGUAGCAGGAAAUCUAAGAAAUCUUCACCAUCUAAUAAUGCUCAAUAAGUCUAGACAGAGAGAGGACUGAUCGGGAGUUUUAGUCUCUGAGACGUCCUAUUGCCAAUUUGUGUCUGUUAAGAAUUUUUUUGUAUUGCUUUAGCAUCAAAUAGAGGGUGAUGUGAUAUUCACUAAAAUUGUCUUUUGUAAUUUUCAAUUGCAUGUACUGUAGAAAAUUCGUGUCUUGUAUUGCGUCUCGGAUGUGUGUAUUGCAUUAAUAGCAAACGCAAAAUUGUUUUUA